AUAUUGUUUUCGUACAGCUCAUCUAUCUUUCUAUUAUUUAGUUAAUAAUAUUAACUUAUAAAAGUCAGUAGAGUAUUUUAUUUCGUAAGAGUUGGGGUCAGGAAUUUUGGUCCUUUUGCAGUAUUCCCAUCCCUCGUCGUGUGAUAGCAUGACGCUACAAGCUCCGUAAGUGUAAGUCGUGAAGAGGUGAAAUCUUUAGUCCCACGGAGCCCCGUGUUGCAGAGACCCGUGUUGCAGUUGGACACUUCCACCUUUCCUCUCGGCCACCCCAACGAAACGACCACGCGGCGGCUUAGGAGGGGAGAAACCCUAUAAUAGCACCAUUAUUUUAGGAGAGCAUUUCGACUGAGACCAGAAAAUAGCAGAGAUCCUUUACUCGCCUGAAAUGUUUUUCCUUUCAAGUAAAUGCAUAUAAUUGGUUUUUACUAUUUCAUUAGAGGAUUAUUUGUGUAACAUUAUCACCAGAUGGAGGAAAAGGUUCUUGAUUACGUGUUAGUGCCAGUUGGGCUCGGGGGCAUGCUGGUAUAUCACGUUUGGCUUUUCCAUCAGAUCGUGAAGCUCCCAACUAGCACCGUCAUCGGCAUCAAUGCCAUCAAUCGCCGCUUCUGGGUUCAGGCGAUGAUGAAGGACGCGUCGAAAAAUGGGGUUCUGGCGGUGCAAACAUUGAGAAACAACAUAAUGGCAUCAACCCUGUUGGCAUCGACGGCCAUCAUGCUCAGUUCUGUCAUUGCAGUAUUGAUGACUGGCAUGAGCAGGCAAUGGGGAGGUGAGCAUGAUCAUGAGCCUGAUUCUUCUUCUUCUUCAUCAUCUUCUUCUUCUUCUUCUCCAACAGGGAUUUGGUUUCUCGAUGUGGUGGGAGACAAGAGCCAGCUGGCGUUCUCCAUCAAGUAUUUUAGCAUACUGGUAUGCUUCUUGGUCGCAUUCUUGUUUAACGUUCAGUCCAUAAGGUAUUACAGCCACGCUAGCAUCCUCAUCAACGUCCCCACCGACCACCAUCCCCGCCAACCGCAUCACUACUGCGUCACUCCUGACUACGUCGCCGCCACUGUGAAUAGGGGAAGCUAUUUCUGGUCGCUUGGUUUGCGGGCCUUUUACUUCUCUUUCCCACUUUUUUUUUGGAUCUUUGGACCCAUUCCUAUGUUCUUGUGCUGCGUUCUUCUCGUUUUCUUGCUCUAUUUUCUGGACCUUACCCUGGAUCUUGGCUGGGUUGGCGGUACGUGUACCCAACAUGAAAUGGAAAAUCCACCCUUCAGGGACGAGAACGACCGAAGCAAUUAAUUCCACUCUUUUUAGAUUCCUUGUUUCGACGCAGUUUCCAUUCAAUCUAAGUUGAAUCAAACUGCUCCUCCAUUACCUCCCCCCCACAACCAACCAAAAAAAAAAAUGAUGGUUUGUCGUUGUAGAUUUUUACCACUCCUUGUUGUAAUUCAUGCUCUAUUUUCGACUUAAA